UUGAAAUGUAAUGUUCACAAUGAUAGGCAAUAAUUUAUCACACUAAAACACAAACUGACUGACAAAAACAAACUGAAAAAUUUAGCUUGAAGACAACUAAAGAAAUUCAACUUAUUAAGGAAUAAUAAAUAAAUAGUCCUCAGAUUCUGACAGUUUUAGCAAAAUUGUUAUUAUUUGGAUUUCUACUACAUAACACACAAGCUUCUAGUGGACUUCUAGUGUGGUUCAACUGCAGUACAAAACACCAGAAGCACCUUCUAAAUUUAGAAUUGCACCUUCAGAUUUUUUUAUGUGAAUUGUUUAAAGACCUGUCUUCAACUUGCCCUCCGUGACUGACAACUAGAGUCAACUUUUUUAGAGUCCUUUUUUAAGGCAGUAGUUUAUGUCACAUUGAAGUCCUCCUGUAGGUGUGAGUGUACGUCACAGCUAGUUGGGCAGCUGGCUGUCCUCCUUUCCUUUCAGUGGUUCAAUCAAUAAUUUACCUGGCCCGGUCAUAUUGAUUGCACGUACUCCCUUUUCUAUCGCCCUCGCUCACUUGCUCACUCGUUCUUUCCACAAAAACUGCUGAUGACGAGGAGGUAAAGGAGCUCAUUAACAAAUGACAGAAAAAGGGAGAGAGGGAGGAGAGAGAGCGCUAUCAUUCUAUCAGACAGGUGUUAUCGGUCUUUGGAACAACAGCAGGAACAGUGGGACUGCAGUGAAGGUGACUUUCACUGCCUUAAGACGUUGAUACACAAAGGACAAGAAACGCCUGAGGAAACUUCUUCAGAAGUUUGCAUGGGAAUACAGACUCUUCACAAGAGUUUGUUCUGUGUCUGACAUUCAUUUUUAAGGCCUUUUCUUUAUUUCACAUUAUAUUGUCUUUGAAAUUGGUCACUAUGUCGGGAGCCACCAGUGACCAGCUGCACAGAUCAACUUUAACUGUCUAUUUGAAUCUGAUGGAGCACUUCAAUCCUGGACUCCAGAAGCUUGUUGCCCUAGGAAACAGCUAUGUCAAAGCUUUCCAAGCCUUAGCUGUUUGCAGUGAGGCCUACUUCAGCGCUGUGGCAAAGAUGGGUGACCAGGCCCUUCACACGCUUUCGUCUCGCUCUCUUGGGGAUGUCCUGAUCCAGAUAUCGGAAACACAGAGGAGACUCACUGCAGAGAUGGAGGGAGUGUUUCGAUGGUUCCAGAUAGAGGUGUUACAAGCCAUGGAGAAGAAUGUAAAGUUGGAUGAGGAGUACAUUGAUGGUAGUCGCAGAGUGUAUGAGCUGGAGGUAAGGAAUCAGGCAGAGGCUUUGGAGAAACAACUCAGACGAGGAGCCUACAGAGACUCUCUGGAGAACAGUGAGUACAUGCUGUACCUGAGGCAGAGCCAGCAGGAGAUCCUGAAGGAGGAGGAGAGGAGGUAUCGCUUUUUGGCAGAGAAACACUGUGGCCUCACCCAGUCACUGCUCUUCCUUAUAAACAAGACUGGUACGUCUCUCCAGCUAAAAGCAGAUGGAUGGAAGGAGAAAGUGAAUGACACCAGAGGGUCCAGACCUCUUACUCCCACACAUUUGGACCAAGAGGCACAGCUGCGAGGUUCUGUGAGCUCCCUGCUGCAGACAGUAGCCCGAGAUGAAGAUAUGUCCUGGGCCAGGAGGGAGCAGCAAGCACUGGGCAGAGUACCCUCUAGAGCGCCGUCUCCCCUCCCCAGCCGCUCUCGCUCCAGCUCAGUGGGGGAAUCUCUGGGUCUGGGUGGAGGGAGAGCCAUGAGAGCCCUGGUGUCUCACCCGUCCUCAUCCAACCCAAAGCUUCUACCUUUCAACAGGGGAGAGACUGUCACCGUACUGGUCCAGGAGCCGCGCAACGGCUGGCUGUAUGGACGCACUGAUAGUAGCCUGCGUCAGGGCUGGUUCCCUGCUGCUUAUGUGGCCCCCGUUGAAGACUUCUCCAACACUUUAGCAACAAGUGGUGGUUCUCUAAGAAGCCACAGUAUGAACAAUCUGCUGGACCCCACUGACACCUACACUGACCAUACGCAGAGCAAGAGCUAUGGAGAUGUCCCGCCACCAGCAACACCCAACCGCAGAGCCUCUGUAGACUUCCGUCCGAUCUCUCCUCUACCUGAGAGGAAGCUGGAGCCAGCUGUGGAGACAAAGCCCAGUCAGACUAAGAGCUACAAUGAACACCCACCUCCACCUCCUCCCCCGCCACCUCCUCCUCCCCCAAGUCAGAAUCCUAGAAGCGCCUCUGCAAAUUUUCCACCAAUCUCUCCCCUCCCUGACAGGAACGGUGAAUCUGCAUCUGAUGUCCAGGCGUUAUCACCCCAUGGGCCACCUGAAAACCCACUGUUUCCCAGAGGCACAAACCCAUUCGCCACUGUGAAGCUUCGUCCCACGACGACCAAUGACAGAUCUGCUCCUCGUAUCCCCUGAUCCGUCAGCACUCAUGCAGUAACUGCCAGAGGCUGCCAGAUCAGGUUGUGGAGACAGGAUAGACAAUUUUGUUUUAGGAUAAUGUAAUGUCAUCUCUGAAAUUGAAGGCUUUGAGGGCCAGAGAUUCAGAGGAAGGUUUGGUGAGUUUUUUUGUACAUUGUUAGUUAAGAUGAGUUAUUUCUUGUACCAAAAGCAAAGGGAUAUUGUAGUACAUCAAUAAUACAAUAAUUUAAUAUCAAAACCAUACACUUUUACGAUAGUUGGUUUAUCAACUCUUUGUACAGUAUUUAAGUUUUUAUAUAGAUAGGUUUGUUUGUCUCUUAUAGUAAAAUAUUAAAUGAAUAGUUAGACAUUUUGUGAAAUGUGCUUAUUCUAGAGUCAGAUGAGAGGAUUGAUACUACUCAUCUGUCUGCUACUUACUUAGCUUAGCGUAAAUACUGUAAACCAGGGUAAACAGCCAGAUACCAGCACCUUUUUUGUUUUUGUUACCUCUGGACAGAGCCAUUCUAGCUGUUUUCCCCUAUUUCCACUCUUUAUUCUAAGCUACCUGGUUGCUCACGCCAGAAGCAUAUUUAACGUACCAUGCAGGUGGUAAGCAAGCAAAGCAAGUAACCGUAUUUCCCAAAAUGUCAAACUAUUCCUUUAAGCUGAUAAUAGUAUGUGUUUAUUUAUUUCGCAUACGCUGUAUGUGUCUUGCUCUCAUGCUAUGCUUAUUUUAUAAGCAGGCAGAAUCUUUUGUUCAUGUGACGCAGAUCUGAAAAAAAUGUAAGUCUUUCAAAUAGGACUUGGGUCACUUUUAUGUUUAAUCCUAAAUACACCACGAUGCACAUCAGCUCUCCCACAUGACAGUAAUAGUUUUUCAUCAAGGCAGCAGCUUUUCACCACAACCCGUCUUAAUCAUCUUCACUGUGGUUGACAUGUAUUGCAGUGUUCAGCGUAUUAUGUUUUGUGAGUUUAAUGUUUUGUGUCCGCUGUGAGUAACAAUAAGUAAAGAGACAGUUAUUACUCAAGUUUUUUUUAUUAUCAUUUCUUACUCAGAUCUUGUCUCUCUUCACAGCUCUCCUUAUAUAUCAUUGUAUUUACUACAUCAUCUGAUUGGAGGGAGGGAGUGAGGAGGAGGGAUAGUGGAGAGGAGGUGAAGUGAGGGAAGGUGGACGAGGAAGAGGAGUGGGAGGAAAGUGCACUGAUAUGUGAACAUCUAGAAGUAAAACCAAUGAGACAAAAUGCACAACCUGAAAUACGCAAAGGAAGGAAAUUAAGAUUUAAGAAGUCUUUAUAACAUCUACACCAUCUACAACACUGGUACCAUCUGUUUUGAGACCACACUAUCUCCAUGAAAUCAAGAAGCAGUCUGAAACUCAUACAGCAUGUGUGAUUAAAUAUAUAUAAAAAAUGAAACUGGUAAUUGUUAUGCCUGUAUUUUCCUCCUCAUGGUUACUCCCUGUUGGCCUGCGUUUGUAAUGUUUUGUAGAGAGCAGGCCUGGUCUGACUCCACGUGCGGGGUCCCGAGGAAGGUGAGAGGAGUUUUAAGGUGGCAGUUACAAAAUAUGAAUGCAGGGACGAAGAGGAGGAGGAGGAAGAAGAUGGGGGGUGUUCAGCUAUCCCCUACUCAUGCACCAAGCCUUCGAACUCUGAAAAAGACAAAUGAAAACAUUUGCACAAAUGAUGAGACAAACUCUACUGGCCUACAGCUUAAAGGAUAAGGCUGGCAGUAGUCUAUAUUUCCUUGUUUUCAACCAAUCCAAUGAAAAUACCAACAAUGAGUAUUGUCUGUGUAACCAUAGCCUGACAUUAUUAUUCCUCUCUGCUGUAGAGCUUCAUUAUUGUCCAAAAACUCAGUGAGACACACCAUUGCAUUGGAUGAAAUGUUCCUUCAUUCCCAUGACCACACACGUGUUUUUAUUGACUGACUGACUGAAUUGACUGACCGAUUAAUGGUUGUUGCUUUUGUUUUUUUAACAUAAAAACUACAGAAUAAUAUAUGUCUAAUAAUUUAAAACAAGAAUGAGUUCGUAUACCAAGCCUAAAUCCUUGACCUGCUUGACCUUCUGUGAACACCUAAACCUCACCAGAGGAGCUAACAGUGCCAACAUAUGUAAUGGUGUUUUUUUAAAUCCAAUCCUAUUUAUUUCAAACCCGAGCCUGAAAAAAAUCAUAAACAAAUGAGUCAGUUUUUACUUUUAGGUUACGUAAAAUAUAUCCCACCUUCCACUGUUUUAACUUAAAGCUUAGCUCUUCAAAGUGCAUAUUGGUUGCUACCAUUUGCUACAGAGGUAAACAAGCAGCAACAUCAGCUCUGCAAACAGGAAGCAAUAGUGAUAAAUGUUGGUAUAAUAUUGCGAAAAGCCCCACAUAUAGCACCUCAAAUCCAUGUCAGAUUUCUCACAAAGGUUGGAUGUGCUACAGUAGCCCACCUUUGGUCUACACAAAGCUAGAUGCUGCUGAUAAAGAGUGGAAUGGCUCUGUCAUGUUUCCCCAGAGGUUAAUAAUAAAAUCUCCCAGUUGCA